UGCCGUGAGCCUGUUCCGGUAUCAGGCAGGAUCUUGCGCAUAGUCUGUAAUCGGGCGCAGCUCUCCGCGACAGGCACCGUCACCAGCAAACGCACUUCGCGAUAAUGGAGUUUACGAUCCCCUGAAUGUCCCUUCGGUCGUCGAGUCACGGACAUAACGGCGCUCGGUGUACCGAGAGGACGGACUGGUACGCCGCCACACUGCAGUGCAGCACUGGUGAACGACCUUAUUCCAAGCACGCCACACAGGCACGCCAGAGGAAGAGCCGGUGCUUUCCGUGGAUCCAGUUGGAGGUUGGCUGUGGCAGUUCCUGCUGUGGCCGCCACACAUAUACACACACAGACUCUACCGAAGCUCGGAGCAACACCGUGCGUUAGCCACACGGGCUAAUUACUACCGGGACACAACUUCCAACUAAAGUCCGAUCUGGGCUCUAUUGUGAGAUCCGUGGGCUCCACGGGACACAUUUUGGAUACACGCUCCGGGUUUGUUGUAUGUGGAUUGCUCUGUUGGAUUAGGAAGGUCGAGGGCUGACCGGGAACAACUUUGGCCUGAAAAGUUUGGAUCAAAGCUGGUUUUACGACCAAAAUGCGAUUUCUGCGCCUUUUCAGAAAAACUUCCAUGUAAAGACAGUUUGUGGAGGCACCCGUGUGUCGGUUUGUGAGAUUUGAUCGUGUCCGUUGUUUUGGGACGGGGUUUAGCUUCCUCACUUGGUUAGCAUACUAGCCUAAUUGAACCGUGUCUUGUUGAAAAGAACCAUUAACACUGCCCAACUUUUCCUGAAGCUAGCCGCAGCGGCUAAGGCCGAGUGUUGCCUCCCCGUGCUCAGAGCUCCACUUUGACCAUAAUACAUGCCCAGCGAAGCUCGGCUUCUCCCACACGGGAACUCAGAGUAGCCGACGUAUAUUUAGUCUUCUCCUGCCUCUGACAAACAUGGGACGUGGACUCGCUGCUAGCUAGUGUCGCUAGCUGGCCACAGGCUAGCCGCUGAUGCGGGCUCUGCCGUAGAUCACAGUCUACUUGUUGAUUCUGCUAGCGGGCUAGCACGAAACAUCCGCUGGAGGAUUCAACCGCCACAGAGAAGGUUUUAAAUGUGCUCCAGAGACUGAGGAGUGUGUGUUUCACUGUUCAUUUCUCUCUUUGGAAUUCCAAAGUCAUUCAAUAUGUCAACAAGGCCUCCAUUGGUGCAAGUCAUUGAAAACUCUGCUGGACAGGAGUCCAAGUCUUCGUCCAGCCGGUCCAGCAUGGCCCGCUGUAGGAACUCUGUGGCCACAGAGGGAGACCAGCCGCACAUCGGCAACUACCGCUUGCUCAAGACCAUUGGUAAAGGCAACUUCGCCAAGGUCAAGCUGGCCCGCCAUGUGCUCACCGGCAAAGAGGUGGCUGUAAAGAUUAUAGAUAAGACGCAGCUCAACUCCUCCAGUCUGCAAAAGCUCUUCCGGGAAGUGAGGAUCAUGAAAAUGUUGAACCACCCCAACAUUGUCAAGCUCUUUGAGGUAAUCGAGACAGAGAAGACGCUGUACCUGGUCAUGGAGUAUGCCAGUGGAGGAGAGGUGUUCGAUUACCUGGUGGCCCACGGCCGCAUGAAGGAGAAGGAGGCCCGUGCUAAGUUCAGACAGAUUGUGUCAGCAGUGCAGUAUUGCCAUCAAAAGUGUAUAGUGCACAGAGACCUGAAGGCGGAGAACCUGCUGUUGGACGCAGACAUGAACAUAAAGAUUGCAGACUUUGGCUUCAGUAAUGAGUUCACUCUGGGGAACAAGCUGGAUACGUUCUGCGGCUCUCCUCCAUAUGCUGCUCCGGAACUGUUUCAGGGGAAGAAGUACGAUGGGCCCGAGGUGGACGUGUGGAGCCUGGGGGUCAUCCUUUACACUCUGGUCAGCGGGUCACUGCCCUUCGAUGGACAGAACCUCAAGGAGCUGAGAGAGCGUGUGCUGCGUGGGAAGUACCGCAUCCCCUUCUACAUGUCCACUGACUGUGAAAACCUCCUCAAGAAGUUCCUCAUUCUCAACCCGUCCAAGAGAGGAAGCCUGGAGCAGCAGAUCAUGAGAGACCGAUGGAUGAACGUGGGCUACGAGGAGGAAGAGCUCAAGCCUUACAUAGAACCGCAGCCAGACUACAAGGACCCACGCCGGACAGACGUCAUGCUGCAGAUGGGCUUCUCUCAAGAGGAGAUCCAGGACUCACUGGUCAAUCAGAAGUACAACGAUGUGAUGGCUACCUACCUACUACUGGACUACAAAAACUCAGAGCUGGAGGAAGGCUUUAUCAAGCCACGCCCAGGAAGUGAUGUACAGCGCAGUGUCUCGUCCAACCAAAAGCCUCCAAACCGCAGAGCCACUGACCAGGGCUCAUCCUACUCCAAGAGGGGAGGACAGGGGGAGAAAGGCAGCAGCACCACCGAGGACUCAAGCAGGAAAGGCUCGUCCAGCAGCUCCACCACCAAGGUCCCAGCCAGCCCCCUGCCCCCGGACCGCAAGAAGAGCGCCACCCCCUCCACCAACAGCAUCCUGUCCACCGGUAGCCGCAGCAGAACCUCCCCCCAGACCGAGAGGGCUACCCUAGGGCCUGGCAUCCACAACGGCAAGGACAGCCUGAACACCCCGGGGUCCCGUGCAUCCACUGCCUCUGCCACAGCCGUGCUCUCCUCAUCGUCCUCACGCCCCCGACAUCACAAGUCCCACUCGUCCUCCAACCACCCCUGCCCCUCCGAACUGCACGUACCUCGCUCCAGUGCCCCAACCCAACGCGCUCCUGGAGCGUCCCCUUCAGCCCAUAACAUCAGCAGUGCAGCCGUGUCUGACCGCAACAACUUCUCCCGAGGCGUGGGCAUCCGCAGCACCUUCCAUGCAGGACAGCAGCGAGGGGCUCGAGACCAGCAGGGCUCCGCCUAUCCGGGGGGCCCCGCCUCCCCCUCUCUUUCUCACGGCAACAGCCAGGCUCGCCGCACGCAUGGAGCCACGGGCAUCUUCAGCAAGUUCACUUCCAAGUUUGUGCGCAGAAAUUUGUCGUUCAGGUUUCCACGAAGGAGUCCGUAUGAGGGAGAGGGUCGGGAUGAGGGCAGCAGGUCCAUGCUGAGCAGCACUGUGGAUAAAAGUGAGAAGACCUCCGGCGGAGUGCUGUCUUCCAACAAUGAUGAGAACAACUCCUCUCCUGGCUCGGGGAACACAGCAGGUGGGACAGGCACCCCUCCCGCCAUUGGGGGGCAGAAGGACUCGGCCAAACCCCGCUCCCUGCGCUUCACCUGGUCCAUGAAGACCACCUCGUCCAUGGAGCCCUCGGAGAUGAUGCGUGAGAUUCGCAAAGUACUGGACUCCAACAGCUGCGAGUACGAGCUGCGUGAGCGCUACAUGCUGCUGUGUGUUUCGGGAAACCCAGCACGUGACGACUUUGUGCAGUGGGAGAUGGAGGUGUGUAAACUGCCACGCCUCUCGCUCAACGGAGUCCGCUUCAAACGCAUCUCCGGAACCUCCAUCGCCUUCAAGAACAUUGCCUCAAAGAUUGCCAACGAGCUCAAACUGUGAGUGCGCCGGUCCAAGCAGGAGGGGGGAGCGUUUAGGGCACUGAGAUGGAGACCUAAGCUAACGUUAAUGCUAAAGCUAACGCUGAAGCUGGGCCCACGUGGGGAUUGUUGUGGACACUGUAGGGUUCUUCCUGCUGUUCUCUGCAUGUCUGCCCUCUGCCCAUGACCACUCCCAUCCUCCUGUAUUUAUUUUAUUUUGUUGUUCAUGGUUCUGCUUUGGGCUGGGUUCUACAGAGGACUCAAGCCCAGGACUCUCCACAUGACCAUUGAGAGUCUGGACUGAACCUAGCCCUUCAACAGCACAAGCACAUCUCCAUCACUCCUCCCACAGUGCCCCCAGAGGCCCUUUUGUUACUUCAACAUGAUUUUAGUUUUUCUUGCUUGUUUAAAAGUUGUGCACUGGAAAAGAUGGGCAUAUCACACGUAAAGAGGAGAGUUGUAGAUUCAUUGUUGCCUUUUCUUUGAAGACUUUUUUUUCAUCCACAAAGUCGGCACAUAACCAUGUGUCACUUGGCAUGAUGCCUUCGCAUUGAGCUACUUGCUUUGUGCCCUCAUGAGUUCCACACAGACUGGACAGUUCAUGUGUGACUAUAUCCUAUAAUGAUCACUGGACUAACCAAAUCUACACGAGUGGUGACAUGUUCGGCUUCUUUGAUUUGAACCUAUAUUUUCGUGCUUUGUACAGACUGAUGUUGGAGGCUGGUGUGGUCAUUGCUGCCUUGUGUUUCACCUUUCACAUGUGGAGGUGGAGCAGGUGGAGAGCCUGACACUCAUGAAGGGGUCACAGAACCUAACACUUCGUUUCUCACAAUGACACUGUCCUUUUCGACUUGUUUGAGUUUAGACCCAUGGAGAUUUGUUCUUUUAAACGCUGAUCUUUGUAUAAGGUGCUGGGGAUCGGAUUCUAAUGAUAUUUCCGGCUUUUGCUGUUAUAUUCUCUUUCAGGGUUGAUUUCUUUUACAUUUCUGUUUUACAUUGCUGUAAUUGACAUGAUUUUAACUGUGUUUUGAGCAAACUGUAUCUGUAGUGGUGGGGAUUGGGUUGGGAGUGAUCAACUCCUGAAAAAUGUAUUUGUUUUGUUUUCUUUUUGUGCAAAGCAAAGACAAAAUGAUGAAAAAUAACGAUGAUAGUAAUAAAAACAAUGAUAUAAU